AUGGUAAAUACAUAUUCUUAUCAUUUUAUAGCCACAACCACUAGUUUGGGUAUAAGUGAAGCAAUCUGGAUAAAUUCCAACACCUAGAUCAGGUCAUACAUUUGUAACUGUUGGAAGAACUCAUAUCCUUUUUGGAGGAUUAGAUAGUGAAAAAAAACCAGAUGCCGAAAAGAAAAAUACUAAGAUUGCACCGAAUAAUUAAGGUACAUAUUGUCAUUAACAUAUAAGUUUAUUCAUUAAGAGUAGCACCAAAUGUUUGUGAAUGGAAGUUAGUAUAAUGUAUUGGGGAUCCACCAUUACCUAGAACCAAUCAUGCUGCAUGUGCUAUUGGACCAGAUAAAAUGCUUAUUUUUGGUGGAUUUUACACAUCAAAUCUCCGUUUUAAUGACACUUUCAUCUUAAGAACAACUAAUUUUUAAUGGGCACAACCACCCAAUUAAAAAGUAACUGGGGAACCUAAAAAUGCUGAAUCUAAGAUUGGAGCACCAGAACCUAGAGGAAAUCAUUCAGCUACCUUUCAUAAAAAUAAAGUUUAUGUUUUUGGAGGACAUGGAGGAGUUGGAUAUGCUACUAAAUCUUUCAAUGAUUUAUAUGUUUUAGAUUGUGAAAGUUUCGAAUGGUCUUAAUUAGAGCCAACUGGAACACCACCUGAUCCUAGAGGAGGACAUAAUUCAUAAAUUAUGGGAUUAAAUGAUUUGUUAAUGAUUUUUGGCGGAUGGAAUCAAAUAUCAUAAUUUUAAAAUAUCAUUAUAUAUGAUAUUAAUAACAAUAGUUGGGUAGAUCCAGAAAUCUCGCAUGAAAUACCUAAAUGGAAUAUGGCUGGAAUCAUGGUACCAUCUAUUCCAUCAUGGAAAUAUUUCAUUUUUGGUGGAUAAGUAGGAAAUUUUGAAGAAGGUGGUAACAGAACAGCAAGUAGAUUAGUAGAUGAUACUUUUGUUUUAGAUGUAGAUGCUAAGAAAUGGUCACCUGUUUAAUUGGAAGAAGAUAAACCAGUCAAACCUAAAACUAGAGAAUCUACAACUUUAAUUUAUGAUUCAUCAGACUCUAGGAUUAUGAUGUUUGGUGGUUGGUCAAAUGCAUGGAUGAAUGAUAUGUAUGCAUUAAAUGUAUCAUCAAUUGUUGGACCUCCUUAUGCUAUUUAUUCAAUUAAACCAUGUUUAGGUCCAUUAACAGGAAAAACAAAAGUGUCUAUAGCAGGAGAUGGCUUUAAGGAUUCACAGAAUAUUGUUAUAAGAUUCUUUUCAGGAAAAGCUUAAGAAGAUGUUCCAGGAGUUUUUGUUAGUCCUACUGAAAUAACAUGUGAAACACCUUCAUAUGAAAAACAUGGAGCUAGAAAAGCUGAAGUUAAAGUCAGUAUGGAUAAAUAAGAUUUUACUAUUAUGAGUCAAUUUUAUUCAUAUUUCUUAAAUUCAAAAGCUGAAAAGACAUUAAUGUUUGGACCAGGAGUAUUGAGAGAAAAUGCAAUAAAAAUUGAUACUAUGUUUUAUAUUCAAACAAGAAAUUUGAAUAAUUAGAAUAGAGAAAGUGGUGCUGAUGAAUUUUAAAUAGAAAUUACUAGACCUGAUAUAUUAGCAGAAUUAGAAGAGGAAAGAUAAAGAGAAGCCAUUAGAUUAUAAUAAUUAGAAUAAAUGGAUCCUGAGGAGAGAGAAAGAAUAGAAUAGGAAUCACAUAAAAAAAGAAUUGUUAAGAGAAAGAAAGUUAAAAUACCAUAAGAAGGAGAAGAAUAAGGUGAAAAUUAAGAAUCUGAAUAUGAAGAAGUUGAAGAAGAUGUACCUUAAGAAAAAACAAGAUUAUAAUUGUUAGAAGAAAAAGCUAAUAUUAAAUAUACUAUUCAUGAUAAUGAUGAUGGAUCUUAUGCUGUUAAAUAUUAAAUUGAAGAACCAUGUGAAGUUAUUGUUAAUGUUAAAUUAAAGAAUGAAAGAGGUGAAUAUAAUGAAAUUAGAGGUUCUCCUAAAAAAGCAUAAUUUGUAGAUGGUGUUGGACCUAAAAAUAAUUAAUACACAGGUUAAUAAUUAGUUAAUUAUGUUACUAAUAAAAAUGAAGAAAUUAAUAAAUUAAUUGAUACAUCAAGAGAUAAUAUUAAUAUUAAAGAUAAAAAUAUCUAAGAAGAUGUCAAUAGUUUAUUAGAAGUUAUGGAGAAUCUUAAAAAGAUUUCAGAUGAAAAAGAAAACAUUCUUUUAUUAUUAGAUGAAAAUGAAUAAAUAUUAAGAACCUUAGAAAAACAUGAUAUGAAAAAAGAAACAGAAAUUAAAAAAGUGAAUAAAAUGUAAGAAGAAUGGAAAAAUUUGUUGAAGAUUUCAUAAACUGUUGAAAAAGACAUAAGUGGUCCAGUUAAAUAAGAAGCUGAUAAGACAAAAGAAAAGAUUAAGAAAUUUGAAGAAUAAUUAAAGGAAUAUUUACAAGGUCUUAAAAAAGAAACAUUUUAUUAAUAUAAAACUGGUAUUAAGGACUCAUAAGAAAGAUUUGCUGAAGUAUAAGCAUAAAUAGAUAAAUUUACAAAAACACUUUAAAAUUAUGAAUAUUAUUCAAGAAUGUUCAAUUUUCCAGAUGAAGUUGUUGGCUGUUAAAAAAAUUUAGAUGCUAUCAAAUAAGAAGUAGCUGCUGUUCAAUUAUUAUGGGAACAUAUUAAAAAAUGUGAAUAAAAAUUCUCAGAUUAUAAGAGAUAUAAAUGGGCAACAAUUGAUCCAAAUGAAAUGGAAGAUGAAGUGAAAAAGCUUCGUAAAUUCUUAAUUGAUAUGAAGGGUAUUGAUAAAAGAUCAAAUGUAUUCACUGGUAUAAAUGAAGAUUUACGUAAAUGGGGUACAUUCAUACCAUUAUUAACUGAAUUGAAAGAUCCAGCUAUGAACACAAGUGAUAGUAGACAUUGGAAAGAAGUUAAAGUUGUUGUAAACCAAGAUUUUGCUAUUGGAGAUGAUAUGGAAUUAGAUGUUAUUUGGAAUCUUAAACUUUUUGAUUAUAGAGAAAAAAUUGAAGAUAUCUCUGAAUAAGCUAAAUAAGAAUUAAAAAUGGAGAAAGGUAUAAUCAAAGUAGAUACAUUCUGGAAGGAUGUAUAAUUUGAAUUAUUGAAACAUAAGGAUACUGAUGUCAGAACAUUAAAAAUGUUAGAUGAACAUUUUGAAACAUUAGAAGAACAUUAAUUAUAGGUUAAUAAUAUGUUAUUGAGUAAAUAUGUGAAAUUCUUUGAGAAAGAUGUUGAAAAAUGGAAAUAAGAUUUAGGAGCUAUUUAUGAUGUUAUAUAAUUAUUAUCAGAAGUACAAAAAACAUGGUCAUUUUUAGAAAAUUUAUUUAUUUAAUCAGAAGAAGUUAAGAAAGAAUUACCAAAAGAAUCAGAAUAAUUUGUUGGAAUAGAUAAAAGUAUGAAAGAAAUUAUGGAAUCUGGUUGUUAGAUUAAGAUAAUUUUAAAGUUCUGUACAUAACCAAAUAUGUUAAAAUCAUUAGAAAAGAUCUAAGCUGAUUUGAAAGUUUGUGAAAAAGCAUUGAAUGAAUUUUUGGAUUCUAAAAGAAGAGCAUUCCCAAGAUUUUAUUUCGUUAGUGUUAAUGAUUUAUUAGAUAUCCUUUCUAAUGGUAAUUCACCUGCAAAAAUUAAUAGACAUAUGUCAAAGAUAUUUUAAGCUAUUGAUAAAUUAGAAUUAUAAGAAAAAGAUAAUGAAAGACCAUUUGCUAAAAAGAUGAUUACAUGUGUUGGACAAGAAGAAGUUGUUCUAGUUUAACCUUUAUAAUUGUUAAAUAAAGUUGAAACUUAUUUAUAAGCUAUGAUUGAUUCUAUGAUUGAUACUCUUAGAGAAUUAGCUAAGAAAUCAUUUGGUUGUUAUGAUGCUAAAACAUGUUAAUUAUAAAUGGAUAGAAAAACAUGGAUAGAUUAGGAUCCAGCUUAAAUUGCAUUAUUAGUCAAUAAUAUUAUGUGGUCAGUUCAAGUAGAAGAAGCAUUUGCAAAAAUAGCAAAUGGAGAUAUGAAUGCACUUAAAGAUUAUUAUAAGAAAAGUGUUGAUGCUCUUACUGAAUUAAUUAGAUUUGUUAGAGGUGAUUUAACUAAAUCUUUAAGAUAAAAAUUAAUGUGUUUGAUUACUAUGGAUGCUCAUUCUAGAGAUACUAUUGGAAAAUUGAUUGAUGAACAUGUUCGUAAACCAGAUGAAUUUUAAUGGUAAUCUUAAUUAAAAUUCUAUUGGGUUGAUAAUGAUGCUCUUAUUAGAAUUGCUGAUGCAUCUUUUAAUUAUUCAUAUGAAUAUUUGGGUAAUGGUCCAAGAUUGGUUAUUACUCCAUUAACAGAUCGUAUUUACGUCACAGCCACAUAAGCAUUACAUUUAAAGAUGGGUUGUGCACCUGCUGGUCCUGCAGGAACAGGUAAAACUGAAUCCACUAAAGAUUUAGCUAAUGCAUUAGCUAAAGCAUGUUAUGUGUUUAAUUGCAGUUCAGAAAUGAAUUAUGAAUCUAUGGGUAAUAUCUAUAAAGGACUUGCUAGUUCUGGAUGUUGGGGUUGUUUUGAUGAAUUUAAUCGUUUAUUACCAGAAGUCUUAUCAGUUUGUUCAGUCUAAUUUAAGGCAGUCACAGAUGCUAUCAAAUAAUAAAAAAAGACAUUUUUAUUCCCAGGAGGAGGUGAAAUUUCAUUAGAUCCAACUUGUGGUGUGUUUAUUACAAUGAAUCCAGGAUAUUUAGGAAGAGCAGAAUUACCAGAAGGAUUAAAAGCAUUGUUUAGACCAAUUACAGUGGUUGUACCAGAUUUAGAAUUGAUUUGUGAAAAUAUGUUGAUGGCUGAAGGAUUUGAAGAAGCUAAGACAUUAGCACAUAAAUUUGUUACAUUAUAUAUGUUAUGUAGAGAUUUAUUAUCAAAAUAAUUACAUUAUGAUUGGGGACUUAGAGCUAUUAAAUCAGUGUUAGUGGUAGCUGGUGGUUUCAAGAGAGCUGAACCAAAUAUUGCUGAAUAGGCUUUAUUGAUGAGAGCAUUAAGAGAUUUCAAUAUACCAAAGAUUGCAUUUUAAGAUUUAGAUGUUUUCUCAGGAUUAUUAUCAGAUUUAUUCCCAAAUAUUAAUAUUCCAAGAAAAAGAGAUAUGGCAUUUGAAGGAAUUAUUGAAUAAGUUACAGCUGAAAAUAGAUUAGAUCCAGAUCCUGAUUAUAUUUUGAAGAUUGUUUAAGCAUCAGAAUUAUUGGAAAUUAGACAUUGUAUUUUCGUUAUGGGUCCACCAGGAGCUGGUAAAUCAACUACAUGGAAAAUGUUGGCUAAAGCUUAAGAUAAGGCUGGUAAGAAGACAACUGUGGUUGAUUUAGAUCCAAAAGUUGUUAGUACAAGGGAUUUAUAUGGUUAUAAUUUACCAACAAAAGAAUGGAAAGAUGGUUUAGUUUCAAAAGUUAUGAGAUCUUUAAGUGAAAUAUAAGAUAUAAAUCCAAAAUGGAUAUUACUUGAUGGAGAUUUAGAUGCAAAUUGGAUUGAAUCAAUGAAUUCUGUUAUGGAUGAUAAUAAGAUAUUAACAUUAGCAAAUAAUGAAAGAAUUCCAUUAAAACCACAUAUGAGAAUGCUUUUUGAAAUUAGAGAUCUUCGUUUUGCAACUCCUGCUACAGUAUCUAGAGCUGGUAUUUUAUAUAUUUCAGAUGAUAAGGGAUAUUAAUGGAGAGCAUAUGUGAAAUCAUGGGUUAAGAAUAACUUUAAUGAUGAUAAAUUUAAAUAAGAUUUAUAAAAGUUAUUUGAUAGAUAUAUUGAAGGUACUUUAUUAUUUUUGAAGAAACAUUGUAAAACUUUAAUUCCAGUUAAUCCAAUAUCAAUGAUUAUUUCUUUAUGCAAAGCUUUAUUGCCAUUAUUAUAAGGAGAAGUAAAGAAUAUGGAAUAUCAUUUUGUAUAUUGUUGUGUUUGGGCUAUUGGAGGUGUUUUAUCUGAAAAAGACUCUAUUGAUUAUCGUAAAGAUUUUUCAAAUUGGUGGAAAGGAGAAUGGAAAACAUCAGUCAAAUUCCCUAGUAAGGGUACAGUUUUUGAUUACUUUGUUGAAUAAAAUACAGAGAAUGUUAAAUUUGAUGAAUGGGCUAAGAGAUUAACAAAUAUAGAUUUUGAUCCUUAAGUAAUGGUUAUGGGUAAUAUCACAGUUCCAACAAAAGAAACUUUGGCUACAAGUGAAUUAGUUAAAUAAUUUAUUUAUGUUUAACAACCAGUAUUAAUGAUUGGUUAAUCCGGUUGUGGUAAAACUUAAUUGGCUAAGGGUAUAUUGAGAGAUAUUGUAAAAGCUCAACCAGAUAAUUUUACUUAUUAAUUGAUCAAUUUUAAUUAUUAUACAGAUUCAACAUAUUUGUAGGCUCAAUUAGAAUAAUAAUUGGAGAAGAAAGCAGGUAGAUAAUUUGGACCAUAAGGUAAAGGUAAAUUAAUAUAUUUCAUUGAUGAUUUGAAUAUGCCUUAAUUAGAUCCAUAUGAUACUUAAACAGCUAUUGCAUUAUUAAGAUAACAUGCAGAUUAUGGUCAUUGGUAUGAUUUAGGUAAAUUGAGUUUGAAAGAUAUUAUCAAUACUUAAACUAUAGCAGCAAUGAAUCCAUCAGCUGGUUCAUUCUUUGUUAAUCCAAGAUAUUAAAGACAUUUUUGGACUGUUUCAAUUCCUAUUCCUGAUAAUGAAAGUUUGUUCUUAAUUUAUAAUACAUUCUUAUCAGGACAUCUUAAGAGAUUUAAACCAGCUGUUUCUGAAAAUGGACCUGCUAUUAUUAAAGCUGCUUUAUAAUUACAUACUAGUGUCAUUUAGAAUUUCAGAAAAACAGCCAUAAAUUUCCAUUAUGAAUUCAAUCUUAGACAUAUUUCAAAUGUUAUUUAAGGAUUAUUAUUAGCAGAUCCUGCUAAAUUUAUUGAUUCAGAUAAAUUAAUUAGAUUAUGGGUUCAUGAAUCUGAAAGAACAUAUGGUGAUAGAUUAGUAUCAAUGGAUAAUCUUAAUACAUAUAAAGCAUUAAUGUUUGAUUUGUUAAAGAAAUAAUUCACCAAAUUUAAUUUCAGUAGAUUCUUUGCAAAAGAUAAUCCUGAAAAUUUAAUCUUCUGUAACUUCUUAGCUGGUAUAGGAGGAGAUAGAUUUUAUGAUUAAAUGCCAAAUGAUAAAUUAGAACCAGUAAUUACUGAAGCAUUAAAAGAAUAUAAUGAUAACUUUGCUUAUAUGGGAUUAGUAUUGUUUGAAGAUGCACUUAAACAUGUAUGCAGAAUCACAAGAAUAGUUUUACCACCAGGUGGACAUUCAUUAUUAGUAGGAGUAGGAGGUAGUGGUAAAUAAUCAUUAACUAAAUUGGCUGCAUUUAUCAUGACAUAUACUCUAUUCAUGAUUACUAUAUCAAGCAAUUAUGGUAUGAAUGAUUUAAGAGGUGAUUUGUAAUUACUUUACUAAAAAUCAGGUGUUAGGGAUGAAGCUAUUAUGUUCUUAUUCAAUGAAGGUCAGAUCACAAGUGAAAGAUUCUUAACUUAUAUCAAUGAUUUAUUAUCUUCAGGUGAAGUAGCAGAACUUUAUAAUUCAGAUGAAAAAGAAGUUUUGAUUAAUCAAAUUAGACCUAAAGUUAAAGCUGAUGGUAGACCAGAUACAAGAGAUUCAUGUUGGGGAUGGUUUAUUGAUAAAGUAAGAUAAAAUUUACAUAUGACUUUGUGUUUCUCACCAGUAGGUGAAUCAUUACGUAAAAGAGCUCGUUAAUUCCCUGCUCUUGUCAAUUCUACUGUUAUUGAUUGGUUCUAACCAUGGCCUUAAGAUGCACUCUAUAAUGUUGCUUAAUAAUUCUUAAAAGAUAUUGAUGUACCUACAGAUUAAGUUAGAGAAGCUAUUGUUAAAUUUAUGCCAUUCUCAUUCAAAUUAGUUAAUGAUUUAUCAGUUAAAUUGUUAGAAUAAGAAAGAAGAUAUGUUUAUACUACACCUAAAUCAUUCUUAGAAUUAAUUAAAUUAUAUAUAUUUAUGUUGAAGACAAAGAAAGGAAUGCUUGAAAAGAAUAAGGAAAGAUAUGAAAAUGGUCUUAUUAAAUUAAGAUCUACUUAAGAUUUAGUGGCUGAAAUUGAAGUUCAAGUUAAGGAAAAACAAUAAGAAGCUGAAUAAAUUAAAAAUGAAGCUAAUUAAGUGGCUGAAGUAGUUGGUAAAGAAAAGGCUAAGGCUGAAAUAGAAAAUGCAAAAGCUGCAGAUGAAGAAGCUAAAUGUUCAACUAUUAAAUAAGAUGUUGAAUAGAAAAAGACAUCUACUUAAGCUGAUUUAGAUGCUGCUAUUCCUUUAGUAGAAUAAGCCAAAGCUGCCUUGAAUGGUUUGAGUGAAAAAGAUUUCUAAGUUGCUAAAAACUUUGCUACUCCACCUUCUGGUGUACCUGAUGUAUUCUCAGCAACCAUUUUCUUAUUAGCUGGNGAUUUCUGA